AUGAAGUUCUUUAGUACACUCACCUUGGGCAUGAUUGUCGUAGCUGUCGACGCAGCUUACCCGAACCCGGGUAAUAGUCCUCCAGAUGCUUGUUAUACUGCUAUUGCGAAGCCCAACAUCAAACAGCGAACCAUUGACUGCAAGUCAUUUCUGCUUACGACAGUGACUCCCAAGAAGUCUACCAUUUACAAAACGUCGACAAUUACCAGAAAGACUCCGACCGUUACCAAGUCAAUCACGGUUACGAGCACCUCGCCCGCCACCGCCACCAGUGUCAACUCUGUCAUACAGACCGUGACGGAUAACAUCGUCGUCACGCGAACUGUGGAGCAAACCAAGACCGUGACAGAGCAGACCACGACGACGAUCACAACUGAGGCCGCUGAUCCUGCCCCGACCAUCAAGCGCAAACGCUCGGUACCUCGCAUCCCUGAAUACCUUGACAACCUAUGCACCAACUCUGCUCAAUACUCGUCAGCUUGCUCACGUAUUGGUGUCACUGCCAAGACGGUUACCGCGCCUCGCGUUACCAUCGUAUCCAAUAUCGUUCGCGUCAAGAUCCCACGCGCCACCACCGUUCGCACAACGGUUAACACCGCCUGGGUCACCCAGACAGUAAAGACCACAACUGUCUACAAGACCUACAGUACUGAAGAAGUCACCAAGACGCUCGAUUUCAUCAUCGACGAGGUUACUGUUGCUACAAAGACUGUCACAGAGACCACUACAAAGACCGAAACAGCCUCGCCACUGGAGACAGUAAAAUUAGUUGCCGUUGGUAGCACAGAUCCUGCCCUAGCAGGCGGAUUAGGCCUAUCAUCCUUGGAGUCCAACCAAGGCAGCAGUACUAGCUUUUACAUGAAGUUCACCUCCGAUGCGGCCUCUCAGAUUUAUACCAUACAUAAAGUAACGAAGUCAAAGCGCUCAAUGGGCCAGGCAGCGCUUCUCGCCAACACCGACCCUGUUCAAUCACGGAAAAUGCCAAAGAACAGGCCAUCGCAACAAAAACGAAACAAGGCAAAAUACGCAGCGUUGGCUCAAUCGCGGAGAGAAAUGGAAUUGCAAAAGCACGAGUCUGCUAAAGCAGUAGCAGACAAUGACGAACUCGAUUUUGGAGCCAAGAUUGAUCAUUUGGCCAAGAUUAGAGGAUGGUUCUCUGGCAGCACGGCGAUCCUUGACAAAUACCUAAAUGGAACGCUGGAUAUUGCAGAGACAGUAGACAUCAUCGCGAGACCAAUAGAUGAAGCCUACUCGACUGCUGAUUUCGGUCGACAAUAUUUCGAGCAGGAGGCAUGCGCUCGGACACAACGAGGUUUUCACAGUCCCGAGAAAGCGCUUGAACUUUGGGGACCUGAAGAGGAUUACACAGAACCUCAAGAAGACUUUGACCCAGAAAAAUCAACAGAAGCCCAGUUGUGGCAACUAUGGUUUUCGAUCCUUCAUGCAUCGAAACGGAUUCCCUUUUCUGAUGAAGCGCAACAGAUGAAACUGGUUCAUCUGGUCAAAGCCUUCAAAGCGCGUCCCAAUCCACCACCUCCUGAACCAAUGACAAUUCCGCUGAAAAGAAGUUGGAUCUGGGAGUCUGAUAAAUUGUGGACUGAUUUAUUAGUUCUGGGUAUCUCAGUGUCAGAGACUUUCAACGAUGUUUGUGGUUGUGGAGCUGGUUGGUUGUGGCCAGAACAACGAGCAUGCGAAAACCUUUUCGCUCUCCUGGCUCGACUCACAUCCAAUGGAAUCGAUCUCUCCAGAAUUGGAGUCUCGUGUGUCGCUGCUCUGGAGCAAACUCCCUCUCCUGGUUACAGGCCAUUCCCCGCGCCGCCUAUCAGUGAGGUGCUGAGUUACGACGUGACUUGUGCGGCUCUUUGGACUAUCGUCGCCGGCAAAGAAGUUUUGGGGAUAUCCAGACACCCGUGA